AUGAAAGUAUUAAAGUGGUUUGGCCUUAUUUCGAUUAUUGUAUUAGGGUUAUGUGGCUUCGGGACAUACUUAACAAUUUUUACAUUUUUGGUAUCGUUUCUCUUAGGAGUUGCAACGUUGCUGUAUUUGAAUUUUGACAGCAAAAAUAUAUUUCCUGUUGAUUUAGACACACUGAAUGACCCUUUGCAGGAAUCAAACUUUUCUGUGCAAUCUCCCAAGAUAUUAGAAUUAUUCCAAAAAGAACAAAAACUACACAAAUUUGACAGCAGAAUCACGGGUAGUGAAACAGUUGAUUCAUUUCUUAAUGAAAUUAUAACAAUAAUCAUCAGUGAUUAUGUCACUAAUUGGUAUGAGAUACUUACCAGUGAUGAAGAGUUUGCAACACAUGCUGUUAAACAAGUGGUGCUGGCAGCUGGUGCUAAUAUAGCUAAUAGAAUUAAAAGUGUAGAUUGGAUAUAUCUUUUUUCAACAAGAUUUCCUGAAGAAUUGACAAUGCAUCUCAAACUUUUCAAGCAGUCUAGAGUUAGGUUGAAACAUAUACAUUUAGUAAGCGCUAAGGAUGUAGCCAAUGGUACAUCUAGGUCUAGCCCAAAGCGGCAGGAGGAAAAGAAGACACAUAGAAGAAACAAAAGUGAUACAGAUUUGUCAUGGCCACCAGAUACACAAUCUUAUGGGAAAUCAAAAUUUUAUGGCAGCUCAGAAAAUUUGGAAGGAAAAUCGUUGAAAGAUUUGUUUUUUGAUUUGGAGUGUUCCAUAGAGAAUAAACAAAUAUGUCGUGAUAUUUUUUGUGAGGAUCCAGAGAAGGAAUAUGCUCUUCUCUGCGAAGUGUCCGAAGCUGUACUGUACUUAGUCGCGCCAGAGGAAGUAUGGAAGUGUCAUGCUGAAAAAAUUUUACUCAUAGAGCUGUUGUCUUCAGUUGUAUUACGACCCUUGUUGGCUUUAUUGAGCGACCCUGAUAAUGUUAAUAGAGCAAUUAUUAGGAUUUGUUGUCGCGACUCUACUCUGCCGUCCGAGUUGUUCCUAACUGUCAUCAGAUGUUGCGUGGACGCAGAGGAACUUGAUGCGACGUUAGAAUUAGUUCAAAAGGAUAUACAGAAGUUGCACUCCAAAGACAGCGCGGGCGAAUGGGAACUGUCGGAUCGACAAAAACUGUCGUCAUUACAAUAUUUGUCACGAAUCCUUCAAGCGAGGAGAGCGACUCUAGGCCCACAGGAAGGGCUGUCAACUAGUACCAACACUGAGAAAAUAUCAGAUGAAGUGUCCCGAACUUUAAAAUUCCUAAGAGCAACAGCAGCCUGGAGAUCAAAUGCGCAAUAUUUGCUUGAAAUCGAUUUGAAUGGAGCUGACUCACCCAACACCUCAAAAGCAGACCUAGACACCCUUCGUUCGUCGGCCUUGGAACUAUGCGACAUGUACCUAGCACCGAAUAAGCCUGUGAUUCUCGGUAUAGCGGAGAACUGCCACGCCGACCUCGUGAGGAAGAUCACUACUGAAGGCGAAGAGUUCACAAGCAACCCCGUCAUUUGCUUCGAUGAUUUGCAGAAAUGCGUCUGCGAUGCAUUGGAGGACGAUCCUACGUGGCAAGCAGACUUCAUGAUGGACAGUGAGCAAGAAUGUUCAGACAGAAGCAACAGUGACUUAAAAAAAGAAGAGAAAUCUGAGAAAAAGUACAGUGAUAAAUGCAAGAAAAUAAUGAAAUCGUGUCUUCUAUUACCGAAGCUGUUUAUGAAGUCCAAAUACCGUUACGAGUUCCCUAGCAAGUCGUCCACCUUUCCUCGCACGUUCCGAAGACAACCAUGUACUAACAAGAACCACACACUACCUAAAUGCAAAACCUGUGGCGACUUCCUGCCCGUGCCCGGUACGGCGAGGCACAGUCGAUCUCGUUCCGACAUUGUCUGCAACUUUGCCCAAAAGAUGAUCAAUGAAAGCGCAGGUACAUAUAUGUAG